AUGGCUCCCAUGAAGAACGUUUUCGAGGGCCGACGGGUCCUGCAAGAACGAGCCAGGAGAGGUGAGCGCCUAUCAGACGAUGAAAUUGGCUCUAUGACACAACAAACGGCCAGUCUGGCGGGCGUUCCUGAUGGCUCCAGAGCCAACAUGAACCCCGAUCAGAUCUGUUGGGCUGCAAAGGCAGAUGAGAUUCUCGGCAAGCCGGCCGACCAAAUAAAUUCAGAUGACGGCAGGGCCUUGCAAGCCAGGGAGAACAAAGCGUUCGAAAGCCUACCUGCAACGGGUUCUGCGGCGUCUCAUGUACAGUCAGUCGGAGAGAAGAACGAACGGUAA